GGGUUAAUCAUAACUAACAUUUACUUUUUUUUUUUUUUAAAUAGCAAGACAAAGUUUAAUUCAUUAUUCCGACUAUUAUUCCAUGAAUUAUGCCUAAAUACCAAUCAAACUCCUCAACCAACAAGCCAGUUGUAAGGCUCCUGACAUACUAAUGUUAUUUAUCAGUUAAUUGACUACUGAGCUUUCGUUGAUAAAGUCAACAGAGACUCCAUACAUACCUUUAUUUGUCACUUGACAAGGUCAGGCCUCUUUAAUAGAUUUAUUGUUUCAAUGUAGUGCAGUUACAAAGAAGCAGCCAUGGCUAAUGCUAUUUCAAGUAGAAGGCCAAGUCCUACAAGGCUUGAGGGGAAAUUUAUGGGUAUUUUUGUUUGUUGGAUUUUGGGAUUUGGGUCACUUGUUUCUUGGAACAGUUUAUUGAGCAUAGGAGAUUACUAUUAUGCGUUGUUUCCAGAUUAUCAUCCUUCAAGGGUACUCACACUAGUGUAUCAGCCAUUUGCACUUGGAACAAUGGCAAUUCUUGCGUAUAAUGAGGCAAAAGUUGAUACAAGAAAGCGUAACUUAGCUGGAUAUGUACUGUUUACCUUAAGUACAGUCGCACUUAUAGUGUUGGAUCUUGCAACUUCCGGUAGGGGUGGGAUAGGAAAUUAUAUUGGUAUAUGUUUCAUAGUAGGAUGUUUUGGAGUUGCAGAUGCUCAUGUUCAAGGUGGAAUGGUUGGAGAUAUAGCUUUCAUGUGCCCCGAGUUUAUGCAAUCGUUUUUUGGUGGUGUUGCUGCAUCUGGUGCACUUACCUCUGGUUUAAGGCUAAUAACCAAAGCAGCUUUUGAAAACAGUAACAAUGGCCUUCGCAAAGGAGUUAUGUUGUUCCUUGCUAUCUCCGCAUUCUUUGAAUUCCUAUGCAUCCUUCUAUAUUCAUUCGUAUUCCCUAAGCUACCAAUUGUGAAGCACUACCGUUCAAAGGCAGCUGCAGAAGGAUCAACAACUGUUGCAGCUGACUUGGCUGCUGCAGGCAUUGGAAUUCAACCAAUGGAAAAAGCUAACAACGAUGCUAAGCAAUCAGAACGUCUGACCACCAAACAAUUGCUUCUCCAGAACAUUGAUUAUGAAUUGAACUUGUACUUGAUUUAUGUCCUCACUUUAUCUAUUUUCCCCGGAUUCUUGUAUGAAAACACUGGUACUCACCAAUUGGGAUCAUGGUACCCUCUAGUUCUGAUAGCAAUGUACAAUGUUUGGGAUCUGAUAGGAAGAUACGUUCCACUGAUUAAGAAAAUCGAGCUUCAAUCACGCAAGGGCCUCAUCAUUGCAACCCUCUCUCGUUUCUCGUUUAUCCCUUGCUUCUAUUUCACUGCAAAAUAUGGUGAUCAAGGCUGGAUGAUAUUUCUCGUAUCCUUCUUGGGACUCACAAAUGGUUACCUCACUGUUUGUGUCAUGACAGCUGCACCUAAAGGAUACAAGGGUCCUGAGGCAAAUGCAUUGGGUAACUUGCUAGUGUUAUUCCUACUAGCUGGUAUAUUUUCCGGUGUUGCUUUGGAUUGGUUGUGGAUUAUUGGUAACGGAAAAUUCUGAGUACUCAAGAUUGUAUGCGACAGGACAUUUGAUAACAUGUCAUUUUAGUUGGGGAACACAUAAUAGUUCUGGUUCCAAAUAUGCAUUUUGUGUGAAUGUUUUGCUUUCUUUUUUCUUUUUUUUCAUGUCAACUUUCAACUUCUAGGAGUAUGAAUUGUGAAAUCUACGUAUGUGAUUAUUUAACUUAUUUCUGGAUUGCAAAGAAUGUAAAGUUCAAUUCACAUAGAAAGACAAAAAAGGGUAUAUUGUUCAAGUUCUGAAUUCUGAUGUACAUUCAGUCUUUCCAUUGUUCAAGUUCUGGUUUGCCAUUCAGAUA